CCUCCAAUCUCGCCGGCUUCGCGGAAUACUCCACUUGCAUUUCAAGUAAAGAGUUAGAUCUAGUAUGCCUAGAGGCCCUGUUUUCGCGUUAAGUCGGCAGAUUCAAUGCUUUCCCGCGAGCAGUUAGUUUCCGUAAUCGCUCGUAGACUCUAGAUUAGAUCUACUUUCAGCAAUCUCUGCUUAGCCUAGGAUUAAUGCUUGGAUUAUUUUGCAAGAACUAAUCUUCAAAAGAAAAAAGAUUCUGCAUUAUUUUAAAAUAUGAACACAUGACUUGACGAGUUUGCAGUUACUCAAGUUUCGACGUGUUUUAAUUUAUUUUUUCUUCAAAGGAAAAAUUGUUUCUGCCCUGAAAUACGCCGAUCCAAGUUUCAAAUUUACAUUUUUGUCUCGGUUUACUUUUUUUAUUCAACCUUCUAAACAAACGGAGAGCAACGGUGGAAAUAUGUCGGAUGAAACAGCGAUGAUGACAGAACCUGCAGUCUCCCAGAACAUCAGCAACGGCAGUAAUGGAGUUGUGCAAGCGUUGCUCACAGAUUUGUACCAGAUCACUAUGGCUUACGCCUAUUGGAAAAGUGGAAAAAUGAAUGAUCCUUCCGUGUUUGAUUUGUUCUUCCGGAAGAAUCCCUUUCACGGAGAGUUUACAAUUUUUGCUGGACUGGAAGAAUGUAUUAAGCUCCUGAAAGGUUUCCAUUUUUCUAAGAGUGAUAUUGAGUACCUGCGAACAGCCAUGCCUCCAGGCACGGACCCAGGUUUCUUCGACUACCUUGCCUCCCUGUCGGCGCAGGAUGUGACCCUGGAGGCGGUGCCAGAGGGCGAGGUGGUGUUCCCUAAGGUCCCUCUCAUCACUAUCACGGGGCCGUUGCCUGUGGUCCAGCUGCUGGAGACCCCGCUCCUCAACCUGGUCAACUAUGCAAGCUUGGUGGCCACGAAUGCAGCGAGGUUCCGCAUGGCCGCCGGUCCGGAGACGGUGCUGUUGGAGUUUGGUCUACGGAGAGCACAGGGACCUGACGGAGGCCUCUCUGCCUCUCGCUACUGCUAUCUUGGUGGCUUCGAUGGCACCAGCAAUGUUUUGGCAGGCAAGAUGUUUGGCAUCCCUGUGAGGGGCACCCACGCUCAUGCCUUCGUCACUUCCUUCAUCACACUCAAUGACCUUCAAACUCGGAAUUUGAAAUCAAAGGACGGCAGCAAAGAGAUUGACUUUGUGAGUCUGUGCCUCACUUACAAGAAAGAACUCUCGUCUGUUAUAGACUUCCUCCCAGACCAGACCAUCGAGGGUGAGCUGGCCGCUUUUAUCUCUUACGCCUGCGCUUUCCCUGAUGGGUUCCUGGCUCUGAUUGACACGUACGACGUGAUCAGGAGCGGCCUGCCCAACUUCUGCACUGUGGCUAUGGCCUUAAACGACCUUGGCUACAAGGCGCUGGGUAUCCGGCUGGACAGUGGUGACCUGUCCUACCAGUCCAACGUGGUCAGGGCCAAGUUUGUGCAGAUUGCCGCUCAUUACUCUUUGCCGUGGUUCGAACGCUUGACCAUUGUGGCCAGUAACGACAUCAAUGAGGACACCAUACAUUCCCUCAACCAGCAGGCCUGCAACCUCUGUGAGGGUCACACGAUAAACUGCUACGGCAUCGGGACGCACUUGGUGACCUGUCAGAAGCAACCAGCCCUGGGUUGUGUCUUCAAGCUUGUGGAAGUGAACAAGAAGCCGAGGAUCAAGCUGAGUGAAGAUGUGGAGAAAGUAUCCAUCCCUGGGCGCAAGAAAGUCUACCGCCUGUUUGGGGCCGAUGGUACAGCUCUGGUGGACUUGUUGCAAGAAGAGUCAGAGCCGGCCCCGGAGAUUGGGAAGCGAGUGUUGUGUCGUCAUCCUAUACAGGAGUCAAAAAGAGCGUAUGUAAUUCCUGCUGAUGUGAAAUUACUGCACAAAGUCUGGUGGAAAGAUGGUCAGGUUGGAGAGAAUCUACCGAGUCUGACUGAGCUAAGGGAGAAGACUAAGCUGUCACUGAGUGCUGUGAGACAGGAUCACAAGAGAGCUUUGAACCCCACACCUUACAAGGUUUCUGUGAGCUCCUCUCUCUACACUUUCAUCCAUGAACUCUGGCUGGAGAGUGCACCUAUUGGAGAGCUUUCAUAAGGCCAUCAUCAACCUUCGACCUUCAACCUGUGACCCAAGCUCAAGGCCAUGAUGUACGAGGAUCAUCAUGUAUUAUUUUGGACCUUCCCUUGAGUUGAUGGGAUGCCGGUGGCAUUGUAGGUGAUGAUGGGUUGAGAUGUGAGUGAUGGUGGAGGUGAUGGUGGGUUGGGAUGUGAGUGAUGGAGGAGGUGAUGGUGGGUUGGGGUGGGAGUGUUAGAGUUAUGGAGGAGGUGAUGGUGAUGGGGUGUGAGCCAGGAAAUAGAUUUUUUUCUUUUCACACUUGUUCAUGUUGGAUAUAUCUGUGUUUUAGGCCUUUUUUAGUAUUGCUUUGUUGUCGUUUCGUUUCAUAUUAAUCCAUGAGAAAUUACUCAUGGGCUUGUUCAAAUGAUGGAGAUGUUUGGGCAUUCGUUUGUUUUUUACUAUGGUAUUUGAUUGGUAUUUUUUUUUACCAUUGCAUUGAUUAAGAAUGAUUAUUGAUGAUUUUGGUACAAGGAGGACAGAUUAUUAUUUUGUAGUAAAGUAGUUUGUUUCACUGGUUUAAAA